AAGUAGGGCAAGUGGCUAAGGCUAAGGACUGCAAUUCCAUCCAGCCUAGUUCAUUUCAGUCAUCCGCACGGAGAACACACUAACAGGACAAGAGGAGCAAAUUUCUGCGCAAGCCCUCUUCUACAAUAAAUUUAAAAAAAAAAGCCAUACGUAAAAACAUAAGGGAGAGGAAAUGGUAAAGUACAUUCGGCAGCACAGCAGCGAGCUGAGAAGCGAAGAGGUCCUGUCGGAGUCUGACGCGUCCAAGGAGCAGCAGGAGACAUUAGGAGAGAUGUCCGGCUGUUCUUUCAGCGACGCUUUCUACUCCAAAUGUUCCGCAAUGGACCAGCUCGGCACUUUCAUGCGGAACGUGCAGGUGCUGCUGGAGGCGGCCAGUUACAUUGAAAGCACUGAGAAGAGCAACGGAAAAUGUGAGCAUGGUUAUGCUUCGGCAUACCCUGAAACGCAGAUUGCACAUCAACAGAAACAUCGUAAGUUCAAGAACAGGAAAGUGGACAAUAUGCACAACAGAUCAGCACAUAAUGAACUGGAAAAGAACAGGCGAGCACAUCUCCGCCUGUGUUUGGAGAGGUUGAAGUCACUCAUCCCUCUGGGACCAGACUGCAGCCGGCACACCACACUGGGACUUCUCAACAAGGCCAAAGCACACAUCAAGAAACUUGAAGAAAUGGACCGAAGGAGUCAGCAUCAACUGGAGACAUUAGAAAGGGAACAGAGGCACCUGCAGAGGCAGCUGGCUCUGUUGCAGUCUCAUGGUGAAAGGGAGAGGGUCCGCACAGACAGCUUUGGCUCCCGCAUGGACUCUGAUCGCUCGGAGUCUGACAGAGAGGAAAUUGAAGUGGACGUGGAAAGCACUGAGUUCUCCCAUGGAGAAAUGGACAGUGUUAGCACCAGUGGUGCAAGCGACCUGGAUGACCACAGCAGCCGGCAGAGCUCAGCCAGUGACGAGGGGUACUCCACCUGCAGUCUGAAGCUGGCCUUCUCUGCUUAAAGAACCAGCCUAUACCUAUGCUGAAGCUGCAAUCUUUGGCUUUCUCCAUUCAAAGUACCAGCCUACAGCUCCAUUCUCCCUCUGCUGUCUUCAAAAGAACCAGCCUCCCACAUGAAAAAUCAAACAUAGCCCUCCUAGAACCAGCCUUCAGUUCAGAUCUGUCCCUUCAGAUGCCAGCAGCCUUCUCUCUGUCUCUGGCACACUAUUACAACAAUAAAUCGUUGGUAAUCUAUAACUAAUAUCAAAUCACCGUCCCCUUUACCUUUUGUCAGUUCAAAUGAACUAUAAUUCUUUAAAAAAUCGAUCCUGUGGAGGACCAGUUAUUUAGCCAGUGUCAAACAUUGAAGGGAAAAUUCUGCUUUAAUAAAGCCGAUCAUUAGAAAACCAGCAAAUCCCAUUUUUACACAUACACACAACCAGCAAGGAGCUUACCAUUGGAAACAUAUGCCUUGUAAAAAUGCCCUUUUUUCACUUGAUAACACAUUCAGACAGCACUUCUUGUCAAGGUACAAGCCUACAAGGGCUAAAAUAUAGUUUGCAUUCCAAUUAUGCUCCACAAGUCCGUUCUGCUUUAGGACCCACAAAUCAAUCACUGAUUUAAUGUGGUGUCCCUCCUCUUUAACACCAGUCCAAUCAAAACAGAUGGCAUGUCGUUCCACCUUUGUUACCCUAAUAUAUUUUGCAUGAUUCUAUUUAUUUUUGAUAUAUUUAAUUGUACUUGAGUUGUGCUUGAAUGGCAAACUUUUGAUCACUGUUUUAAAAAGUUUGCUGGUCUUACUUGGCAGAAAAUUCCCCACAGAAGCAUUUACUUUGCUUCGAGUUAAACGCAUUACUCAGUGUUUAAAAUGCUUUUACACUGUGUGCAAAUUCAAUGAGUUUAGUCAGUAAUAAGCUAAUCUAGCACUUGUCCAAGCACAAAGCUCAAGCAAUAAUACCUGGUUUGAUCAUAUGUGUGAUGUUGGUCGGGUUAAGUACAUUUUUUUUUUCCAUCCGUUCCAACUCAAAAUACGGGGAUUUGUACUUGCUUCGGUAGUAGAAUCAGCUACUAAUAAUCAGCAGUAAAAUGAUUGUAAUUUGACUUGAAAAGCUAUGGUGCAUGCGUCUUGAAUGUAGCCUUUCUAAUAUUGUAAUGUACUUUGGAUUGACGAGUCUAAUAAAAGUAAUAAUGUUGGUAGCAUGAACAGCAAACUACAGAAUAUUGGUUUAUACUUCAGUGUUUAAUACUGUAUCUUUUUUGUACUGUAGCAGAUGAAGAAAAAGUUGAAUUUCUUGACAUAUAAAGACUUUCCACUGAAAUUUGAGCUAUAUUUAAUACAGAAUUGCACUGCUGAUUUGUUUAAUAGAAACCAAAAACAGAUAUUUCAAUAUGAACAUUUAUCCUAAGUAAAUCACCACCAAUUUGUGUCUUAACAUGGGAAUUGUCCAACACCUUGUUGGAGAUUCUUCCCCUGUCCAGCAUGUUUGGGUAACUGCAAAAAAUGCACUAAAGCAAAUGUCAGAAUUAUAUGGAGGCACAACCCAGAAUGUUUUUCUUAUGCUUACUCAGCCGUCCAAGGUGAUUUUUGUGGAAAUUACGUGCUGCUGGUCCCCCUGCUAACAAUUUGUUACAACUCCUGGAAACUAUUCCUAGAAUCUUAAUAAAACCUUUAAACACGAA